CACGCAGACAGAAGCACAGAUCCAUCAUUGCGCUUUUAAACGCGAUAUAUUUAUAAAAUCAUCUCUUGUAAUGGAGAACUGCUGUCGGUAACCGGAACGGGACCGAAUGUAGAAACGUUAAGCGGCUUUUUUUUAACCAUUCUUCAAAACAGGCAAAAUGUCCGGCGCGGAUCGGGAUGUAUCGCGGGGUUUUUGCCGUGUUAUCCGCUGAUUGUGUUUGGAAACAGAGAGAUUCACGCGCGCCAAAAACACUGACAGAGUUGGAUGUUGGUGUUUCUCUGAACAGCUGAAGGACAAACUGACUGAUAUUUGUAUUGUUUAUACUCAGCGAUAUAAAGUGCAGGUCAGGAUGUUUGACUGUAUGGAUGUGUUAUCGGGACACAUGCUGGAGUUUUACUCGUCCAGUCGCUCGUCAUGUAUGUUACAGGAGAAAGCGCUCAGCGCGUGCUUCAGCUGGCAGCACCGAAGCUCCAAACACUCCAUUGAGACUCAAAGCACCAGUUCUGAGGAGUUGGUGCCAAGCCCUCCCUCUCCUCUACCCCCUCCCCGUGUCUACAAGCCCUGCUUCGUUUGCCAGGACAAGUCCUCAGGGUACCACUAUGGUGUCAGUGCAUGUGAAGGCUGCAAGGGUUUUUUCCGCAGAAGUAUCCAGAAGAACAUGGUGUACACAUGCCACAGAGAGAAGAACUGCAUUAUCAACAAAGUGACGCGAAACCGCUGUCAAUACUGCCGACUACAGAAGUGCUUCGCAGUGGGAAUGUCCAAAGAGUCUGUUCGGAAUGACAGGAAUAAAAAGAAGAAGGAGAUUCCGAAGCAGGAGUUGGCUGAGAGUUAUGAACUGACAGCAGAACUGGAGAACAUCAUUGAGAAGAUACGAAAAGCUCAUCAGGAGACGUUUCCUUCUCUCUGUCAGCUGGGCAAGUACACCACAAACUCCAGUGCAGAUCACCGUGUGCGUUUGGAUCUGGGUCUGUGGGAUAAGUUCAGUGAACUGGCCACUAAGUGCAUUAUUAAAAUCGUCGAGUUUGCCAAACGAGUUCCUGGUUUCACUGGACUCACCAUGGCCGAUCAGAUCACACUGCUCAAAGCCGCCUGCCUCGACAUACUGAUCCUGCGUAUCUGUACACGUUACACCCCUGACCAGGACACGAUGACGUUCUCCGACGGUCUUACGCUAAACCGCACACAGAUGCACAAUGCCGGCUUCGGUCCGCUCACGGAUCUGGUGUUCACCUUCGCCAACCAGCUCCUACCCAUCGAGAUGGACGAUACGGAGACGGGACUGCUGUCCGCCAUUUGUCUCAUCUCUGGAGAUCGUCAAGAUCUAGAAGAGCCCUCAAAAGUGGACCAGCUGCAGGAGCCCCUGUUAGAGGCACUGAAGAUCUACGUGAGAAAGCGGCGACCCAGCAAACCACACAUGUUCCCCAAAACCCUCAUGAAAAUCACAGACCUGCGCAGUAUCAGUGCUAAAGGUGCCGAGCGUGUGAUCACUCUGAAGAUGGAGAUCCCUGGAUCCAUGCCUCCUCUGAUCCAGGAGAUGCUGGAGAACUCUGAGGGUCAGGACGGGCAAAACUCCUCAGAGCGGAACGGCUCGGGUAAGACCGGCAGCGGCUCCACAGAGCUCAAACCCUCGGCCCCCUCCCUGGAGCCCACAGAUGGAUCUGGGGCCGGUUCCUCCAGUGAGGAACCCUAGAAUCGGGCGGAACCUCAGACUAUCAGAUGUUCCUUUGCACAGUGCAGGUGAACUGGAGGUGGACCUCUCCAGCGUGUUUGAUUUCUGCUUGAUUUUUUCCGCCCCGUUUCCUGCUUUAAGAACAGAUAUUGGCCUAAAGGACCAGCUGGUGUAUAAUCAAAAAACAUGAUUGAAGAAUCAAGUUCUACUGCGUCAACACCUGUGACACAUGUGAAGCUCCUCAGGUCUCCUGUAUGGAUUUCUUCAUUUGCAUGAUAAGCUCUUACUUUAUUAGAGUGAAUCUCACCAAAACAUGUCUAAGGUACAUUUAAUGCCAAAAUUGAAAGAAAAAAACGAAUUAUGUUGCAUAUAUAAUUUUGCAUAAAGAACAUUAAACACCUGUUUUAGUUCUACUAAGAUUUCUUUUGCUAUUGGCAUUGUGACAUUAUUUUCACUAA